AUGACCGACCCAAAGGCUCCGUCCUUGUACAAGGUUGUAGAACCUAAAGAGAUUUCUGAGAAGACAGGAUUAGCGUUUCCGCACACGUCUCACUGCCUCGCCUCUGACGACAUGUUGGUCUCUUGCCUUGGUGACAAAGAAGGAAACGCCAAAGGGAACGGGUUUCUCCUUCUUGACUCUGAUUUCAACGUCAAAAGCAGGUGGGACAAACCAGGGCACGCCCCAAAGUUUGGGUAUGAUUUCUGGUACCAACCUCGGUUCAAGACGAUGAUCAGCACUUCUUGGGGAGCACCUAAAGCUUUCUCCAAAGUUUUCAAUCUCCAGCACGUUGCUGACGGCUUGUACGGAAGUCAUUUACAUAUUUAUAAAUGGCCAGAAGGUGAAAUGAAACAGAUUAUUGACCUUGGUAAUACUGGUCUCUUACCUCUCGAGAUAAGAUUCUUGCAUGAUCCGUCUAAAGAUACAGGGUAUGUUGGGAGUGCAUUGUCGAGUAAUAUGAUAAGAUUUUUCAGGAACAGUGAUGACACAUGGAGCCAUGAGGUGGUUAUAUCAGUUGAACCACUGAAAGUAGAGAACUGGAUUCUUCCAGAAAUGCCGGGGCUUAUCACCGACUUCUUGAUCUCCCUCGAUGAUCGCCCUGUUAAGGCUGUUAGAGAAGAUGGUACCACUUACCAGUUUGAUGUUCCUCAGAUCAAGGGGAAAUCUCUACGAGCAGGACCUCAGAUGAUCCAGCUGAGCCUUGAUGGUAAACGAUUGUAUGCAACAAACUCACUGUUCAGCGCGUGGGACCGUCAGUUUUACCCAUGGUAA